CAAGACAUAGGCAGAGGGAGAAGCAGGCUCCCUGUGGGGUGUGCGAUGCAAGACUUGAUCCCAGGAACCCCGGAUCAUGACCGAAGCCAAAGGCAGAUGCUCAACCACUGAGCCACUCACAGGCCCAGAAGACUACAUUUCCACACCCCAGAGGAUUUUGCAAAUGUCCCCAAAUUCUCAGUCAUCCCACCAACUUCUAAAGGGAAGCCAGCCAGCUCACAGGGGAUCUCAGAGAUUUGAGAGGCUUGGGCCUCCUCGCAUAUAUGCUUUGGGCACCCUUGGCCACUGCCCUCUGUGCGCAUGCGCAGGGAUGCCAGCUUCUGAGGUGCGCAGGCGCAUUCGCAUUUAGCAGCGUUGCUAGGUUACACUGGUUCUGCGUAGGAAGAUUCUAAGUCGUUGGGCUUAGUCCCUGAGACAUUGAGGCGAGGCCCACUUGCCUUAUUGCUGGCGCGGGAGUGUAUCGCACUAGAGGCGGUGAAACCUGUGUCACUGAAGCCUGUCGGCUUCAUUAUGAAAAAGAGAUCUACAGCGCGGAAUGGGUGGGGCCUGCUGCGCUUCGGCUUCAACCUCAGGCCUCUGAGGGUCAGGUCGCCGCCUAUGACUAUGACUGUUGACAGCUUCCACAGCCCCGGUCCCGGAUACCACAUCAGAUAUCAAGAUCUCCGGGGAAUCCACAGAGCUGUGAUUGAGGGCGAUACAGAAAAAAUGCAGGAGAUACAGCAGUUGCUGGUUUUUGGUUUACAUGACUUAAAUAAAAGGGACAGGAAGAACAGGACGGCUCUCCACUUGGCGUGUGCCAUUGGGAGUGUAGAUAUGGUGAAGAUCCUGGUACUUUCUCAAUGCCAGCUAAACCUCCGUGAUGGAGAAAACAGGACAGCUCUCGUGAAGGCUGUACAAUGCCAAGAAGAGGCAUGUGUAGAUAUUCUUCUCAGAAAAGGUGCUGAUGUAAAUACUAAGGAUUUCAAGGACAACACCGCUCUCCAUUAUGCGGCCUAUGAGGGAAAUAUCUCAAUAGCACGCAAGCUGCUUUUGAAUAAAGGAGAUAUAGAGGCCAAAAACAAGGAUGGCCUCACACCGCUUUUACUUGCUAUAAAUGAAAAAAAAGAGAAAAUGGUGGCAUUUUUAGUAGAAAAAGCAAAUAUAAAUGCAGUUGACUACGCUAAAAGAACUGCUCUCCACUUGGCCUGUGCCAUUGGCCGUGAAGAUAUGGUGAAGCUCCUGGUAGAUCGGCACUGCCAGCUUAACCUCUGUGAUGGCGAAGACAGGACAGCUCUCGUGAAGGCUAUACAAUGCCAAGAAGAGGCAUGUGUAACUCUUCUCCUGGAACACGGUGCUGAUCCUAAAGUGAAAGACAACAAGGGCAACACAGCUCUCCAUUAUGCAGCCCACGAAGGGAUUGUCACAAUAGCAGAGAAGCUGCUUUUACAAAACGCAAAUAUAGAGGCCAAAAACACGGAUGGCCUCACACCAGUUUUAGUUGCUCUAAAUGAAAACAAAGAGCAAAUGGUGAAAUUUUUAGUAGGAAAAGGAGCACGUCUACUUUCAGGGGAUACGGUUAAAGCCGUGGGGUUAAUUUACAAAAAUGAACACUUGGACAUGUUAGUGGUCAAUUCUGUAGCAACAUGUGAGAUAUUACCCUGA